AUGGAUGCAUCAACUAGAAGUCAUAUGACCUUGAAUACUCUUGAAAAAGGAUUGCGCUCACGUGCACUGAAUGAGAAGAUGGCUACGAUUGUCAACAUGACUACAUUUCUGCGUGAGAAUCCGUUCCCUUUCUUCGUCAAUGCGGCCGUACUCCGACUUUGUGAAGCAUUUCGUGAUGAGUGCAAUGAGCUGCGCUUAUGUAUUGUACGAGUGAUGGGUGAAUGUUCUAGUGAAUUAAGACUUGUUUUCUCAAAUGAUGAAGUAGCUCGCCGAGUUCUCAAAGUAUCCCAUUCAAAUGAUCCACUUGCUCGUUCACUUACUCUUCAAAUACUAGCCAAACUAGCUUCUGUUGUGGCAGAAAAUAAGCAGGUGCAUCAUUUGAUAGUUACAAGUAUCGAUUCCGAGGAAGCCCAGGAACGGUUAGCAGCCACUGUAGCGACUGAGGCAUUUGUUGGUGUUUCCAGAUCUUUUUCGCAAACAGUGUUUGAGAAACUAUGUGUUACGUUUUUAUCUCCUCUUGUUUCACCGAUUACAAAGAUCGGUUUGGUUGGUGUAUUCUCUAAUAUGCAAGGUGACGUAGAAAUCAUCAUGAAAGUAUUUGCACUGGGUGAACGGAUACUCAACGAAGCAUAUAAUCAACAGUUGAUACUAGCACUUAUCAAAUCACUUACUACAUUAGCCGUCUCGUGUAAAUUCGCUGUAUCUGAAUUGUUAACUUUACUGAUAGAAAAGCUGAAGAUAUCCAAAGAAAAUCGCACUCUUUGUGUUGCCAUUCUGUAUAAUAUUAAACGCUUAUCAUCAGCCGCACAUAUGCUAACGGAAUCUCAUAUGCAUGACCUGCUGGGUUUCGGGGAUACAUUAACGGAUGAUUUGAUGCGCGUUUAUUGGCUGAUAACUCUUGUUCGUUUCACAUCGCAGAAUAUCCAUAAAAUUACCGCAACACUUUCAGACAACAUAGCACAUUGGACAUAUCUUUUAUCGAGCAGAAAUGCAGAUGUUCGACUUGCAGCUCUGCAUUUGUAUAUUAAUGUAUAUAAAUAUAGUCGAGAAGCGAAUAUUGUAUCAGCUUUGAAAAGCUCUUUUAUUAUAUCACUGCCGACAAUAAAACCUCAAGAUUCCGAAAAAUUUUAUCGUCUGCUGACUGCCUUCAUAUGUGAUGACAGUUGCCCACGUGAAACUGUGGAUGCAGUAGUGGACGCUCUGUUAACCGCAGUACUACCGAAUUUUUCGGCUCUGCACAUGUUACAGUUUUUGGUAGCAGCUGCUGAAACUCAUUCUUAUCUUUAUUCUCGUCUUCGUGUCUGGUCUAUAUCGAAACUGAAUGAAAAUACAAAUUUAACCAAAUUGACCCUGUUUUCGUGCUUAGUUUAUGCUCCACUGAGCGACGUGACUGGACUUCCCAAAAAUCACUUAGAUUUUUGGGGAAGUGAUCCAUGGGUUCUCUAUUUAGUUGCUCGGUCAGCCAUGCGCAACGGACAUUGGAAGUUGGUUGCUCUUCCUAUACUGGAAGUAAUCCAUAAAAAGGUGAAAUCAUUCCAGACAAGAAUGUGGCUGACAGCUUUACGAGAUAUCUGUUGUGCAUCACUUUCUGAAUUUACGGUUUUUGCUUUGGAAAAAUCUAUUGAAAAUCUCAAUGGUGCUCGAUUAUCACUUUCCGCUUUAUGCUCAUCACGAGAAUCCCUACGUUAUUUCAUGUUCCCAUUGCGGUUUGUAGACUGCCUGUGUAGCAUGUAUGCGGCUCUACGCAGCUUUUUGGUUAUUGUAAAUACGAAUUUAUUACUUAAUGAUAAGCCAGCUCUUUUUAUCAUUAAAAGAGUUUCAAUUCGUUUGCAAGCUUGUGCAUUAAGAAUGCAUAAAUGUCGAGAUAUGUGGCUGGACUUGUAUAAACAUUGCUUUGAUGCGGAUACUAAUACUACAACUUUCGUAGAAUUGUAUGCUGGUAUGUGUGCUUUAUUCAGUGCUGCGUUGCAGUUAUUCGCAAAACAGCAGCCAUUGUCUCCUUUAUCGAUAUCUUCUUCGUCGCACUAUUCGCUGGCGAAUAAGCGUUUGCGCACUUCACUCUUAUGGGCCAAAGGAGAAAUUGAAAAGCUGGACACUAUAGCUUUGGAAAAGAGGCUAACAAAAAAAAAAUUAAAAUUUCUUGUGGAUACCUUUGGAUACUUAUGUAAUCUUCCGAUAUGUAUUCCUCGAUUUUUUUUCCAGCAGCUGAAAUAUACGCAAAUAAAGUUAAACGUUUUACCGCAGCCAGGACCAACUGAGACUGCUGUUGGUGUCUCGUCUAACCAGAAGGUGCCAAUUUCCAUCGAAGGUGCAAUCGAGUCGUCGCAUGCAUUUUCUGUUGACGCUGUCAUUGUAAAAGCGGUAGCAAAAUUUGCGAAAGGUGCCAGUAAUGAUUGUUCACAAUUGCAAACUGUGAUACCACAGGAAGGGAAAUUCUUUAAUGCUCAAUUUCUUCUUGCAUUCCCGCAGAGUUGUACGAUGGAAUUUUCCGUAAAUUUUCUGGAUAAAGAAACGAAACGGCUGUGGGAAAGUGGUGUUACAGCAGAAUUGAAAAUUCAUGUCUCAUCGUGA